AUGGGGAGCAAGAUUAAGGAAGACGAGCGAACUGAAAAGGCUAUAAGGAGUUUGCUGAAGCUUCCGGAGAAUCGAAGAUGCAUCAAUUGCAACAGUCUGGGUCCACAAUAUGUCUGCUCAACGUUCUGGACUUUUGUCUGCAUCAACUGCAGUGGAAUCCAUCGAGAGUUUACACAUCGAGUGAAAUCUAUAUCAAUGGCCAAGUUCACAACAGAAGAAGUUAAUGCACUUCGCGCAGGAGGAAACGAGCGAGCCAGACAAAAUUACUUCAAAGAAUGGGAUACUAAGCGUGAUACUUACCCUGAUGCCAGUAAUAUUUUCAAGCUCAGAGAUUUUAUCAGAAGUGUCUAUGUGGACAAAAGAUACUGUAAUGAGAGCAAGGACAAGAUGUCACAGGGUGUGACUGAGGAUAACAGGGAAAGCAAAAAGGCAAGUGAAAACUUCUUGGGAUCUAGAAGCUUUCACUCUUUUGAUAAAACUGAAACUGAAAGAGCUAGUGCUGUAGGGAAGACUGAAAAGAAAUCUCUUAAGUUUUAUUUUGAAGACAUGGAACCUAAACAACAACAACAACAACAUGUUACACUUAACCCAAAGUCUAGAGGUUUACCAAAGAGUCCUAUCCGCUUUGAGAUUGUUGAUGAUAGGUACAGAGAUGAUGGAAGUGUUAAGAGAUAUGAUGCACGUAGAGAGCCAAGAGGAAGCUCCAAAUCACUAGACCUAUCUAAUAACAAGGAAACUUCUGGUUUGCCCAUUGUACGUCAUGCCAGUGAACUCAUAGGCGAGAAUCAUCCUCGUUUGCAGGUAGAAAAGGUUGUCAAAGUUGAGAAAAAGAAGGAUCCAGUGAAUAAUCAGUUGGUUGCAUCAUCUAAUAAAAUGGAGAGUCCUGGAAGUUUAAUGGAUGAUGUACCAGCUUCAGAACCUUCUGAUGAAAGCAUCACUCAAACUUCUAAUGAACUUCCUGCGUCUCAGAAGAAGACUGAGGGUCCAGCUCCUAAUUCUUUGGAAGCUUUGUUGUUUGGAUUCUCUGAUCCUUCUGAGGAAAAUCAUCCUGCAGCCAACCUUGAGAUCCAGGAGAUGCCAAGAACACAAGACAGUGUUAACUCUUUUGUCACAUCACCUACAGUUUCACAGGCCAGUUCUUUAGAGCUAGCGUGUCUUCCUGCUCCUGAUGAUAACUUAAAUACAAAAGAUAUGGUUACAACAAGUGAAGCUGGAAACAACCAGGAAUCAUCAGAUACCACUAUGGAACAAUCAGCACUAGCUAUCUCAAAUUAUGCUCAUGGAGAUCAUCAAGAAGAGACAAAAUCAAGCGUAAGAAGUGCACUUCCUGAGGAUCUUUUCUCUGGAGGCUUCUCAUUUGCUUCCCCACAAGUUCAUGCUCAACAUCAUGGCAUGGGAUAUGGCAUGCAAUAUUAUCAAUAUCCUGUGGCUACUGGAGCCUUUCCAUAUACGGCAAAACCAUCAAAUCCCUUUGAUCUUAGCUAUGAUGAUGAUACAUGUUCACACCAAACACCACAAUAUCCUUCAAUGGUAUACACACAAGGAGGAGGCUUGCCUCUUGUGUCAGUUCCAAGAGGUGCUUCAGAUUCUUCAAGCAUGACUGCAGAUUCUUUCGGACUAAUGAUGGCCUCUCAGUCGCCUUAUUACGCACCAGCUUUAUCUCCAACCUCUCCAUCUCUUGCGUCAAAUCUUCUCCCUGGUGAGACAAAAUUUUAUGUAUUGCAACCAGUAAGGCAAGAGAUGAAUAGCAUGGGCAAUGCAGAAACUACUUACAACGGUGCACACUCAUAUCACCAAGCAAACGUUAAUGGAUAUCCUUCUGCAAACUCAAAUGCUUAUAUUUCUAGAGGAAAUCCAUUUGACUGA